GCUCCACGUAUUAACCCCUUCCUGCCCAGUGCCAUUAGUUCUGUGUUGGUACUUUUUAUUAGCACUGAUCACUGUAUUGCUGUCACUGGAGAUGUCAGUGACACCAAGUCAGUUCCCCCCAGAGGCAGAAUGCCCGCCGCAGUCCCGCUAUAAGUCGCUGAUCGCAGACAUUACUAGUAAAAAAUCAAAUUUAAAAAUUCCAGUAUAUAUACAGCCAUUUGUAAACGCUAUAAACGUGCACAUAAACCAAUUAGUAGUUUACACGUAUUGGGAUUUU